AUGGCGAUGAGCACCGACUCGGCGGCCAGCUUGGGCCCGACGGGGGUAGCGGGGCUGAGGGAGGGGUCGCCACCCGCGCUGGAGGCGAGGGCGGCGUCCCCGUCGUCCUGCGAGGCGUUCUACACGCCCACCAGCAGCUGGGGCGAGUGCAGCGCCUACGAGCGGCCGGGCGGGCACCGCGCCGCCUCGGCGUGUAGCGCGGGGUCGGCGGCCGACGGGGUGAUCAGCGCCUCGGGGGGCGGGAUGAGCGCCAAGAGCCCCUUCGAGCUGGCGGACCUGUCCGGGCUGGCUAAGGGAAUGUGGCAGCUGUCGGAUGAGGAGCUGUCGUGCAGGGUGUCGUCCAGAAGGAAUGGCACCACGCCCAAGGCGCGGCGCACUGCCGGGCCGAGGCGAGAGGGCGGGGGAAAGACGCGCAGUAAGCGGAGCGGGGCGUCGGAGAAGGAAUGGCUUGCCGCCGGGGCCGUGGAGGAGGCCAUAACGGAGCUGAGGAGCUUCUCGGCGUCGGCCGGGCAGGUGCAGUCGAUGGGCCAGGACCCUGGGAUCGUGCGGUCGAAGUCGACGAACUUGUCGAUGUGCCCGGAGAGGCGGGAGGAGCUGGAGAGGGGCCUGCAGACGCUUUUGUUCGGCCAGUCCGUGCCGCCUGAGGUCAGCCAGGCGGUGCGCGGCGGGCCCCCGGCGCGGGAGACCAGCACGCUGCAGCUGACCAACGACGAGACGGGCGCGGCGUGCAUCAACCAGUACGUCAUCGUGCGCAGCCUGGGGCAGGGCAGCCACGGGCGGGUGCGGGUGUGCCUGAACGCGCUGGACGGGAACCUGUAUGCCGUGAAGACCAUACACCGGGCGUUCGUGCCCAGCAAGCUGCAGCAGUGGGGCGCGGGGAGGAAUCCCAAGAAGAGCCGGCACGAGUCCGUGGACGGAAUCCUGAGGGAGUUGGCCGUGAUGAAGAAGCUGGAUCACCCGAAUGUGGUCAAGCUGCACGAGGUGAUCGACCCCAAGGGGAAGGAGAACAUCGUGCUGAUCACGGAGUUCAUGGAGAAGGGCGCGCUGCUGAAGCGGCUGGACGGGGGCAAGAGCGGGUCCAUCCUGUUCCAGCGGGUGCCAGAGGCGAACGUCAGGGAGGUGUUCAGGGCCGUGUGUGCUGGCCUGGACUACCUGCACUACCAGGGGAUCGUCCAUGGCGACCUGAAGCCUGACAACCUGCUGGUGGCGGCCAACGGGGACGUUAAGAUCGCUGACUUCACGUGCUCCAGGAUGGUCGCCCCAGAGCACUUCACCUCGGGGGUGUACGGCACACCGGCGUUCCACGCCCCUGAGGUGAUCGCAGGGGACCAGUACAACCCUUAUGCUGCGGACAUCUGGGCCCUGGGCGUGUGCAUCUACUGCGCGGUGUGUGGCGAGCUGCCCUUCACGGGGCCGGGCAUCAUGUCGAUGUACAACAAGAUCUUGGCGUGUGAGGUGACAUACCCAGAGGACCUGGAACUCUCUGCCGACGUGAAGGACCUGAUUUCAAAGAUUUUUGUGCGGGAUGCCCACGACAGGAUCAGCAUGGAAGACCUGAUGCACCACCCAUUCCUUGCCAUUGAAGGUGUUCCCCAGCUGGUGAGCCUGCGGGAGAGGACCAACCCGCCCUCAGUGAUCGAGGUGUCAGUCGUUGAGGAGGACGAUGCCAUCGACCGGGCAUCCGCUGUGUCCUUCAUCCGGGCCAAGCUGAAGAAGAAACGAUACAAGCCGAAUGACACCCUGUUCAAGCAGGGCAACCCUGCCACCUGCCUGUACUUUGUGCUGGACGGCACCGUGGCGCUGGUGCAAAAGUAUGCGGAGCACGGGCUGGGCGAUGUGACUGAGAGGAGCUGCUCAACCAGCCUGGUGCUGGACAUGGACGAGUCGUUCAUGAUGUGUAAGUUUCCCUCAACCUGGGAGGAGACUGCAAAGGAGGGUGUGCUGCACCUGCAGAAGCACGAGGUGAAGGCACUGCAGAAGCGCCGGAGGGAGGCUUUCCUGAAGGGGGAGCAGUACGAGCAUUCGGUGGGCGUGCGUGGCCCUGGGCAGGUUGUGGGUGCAAUGGAGCCUGGAUCGGCUCCCACCCACCCAUACUCAGCCGUGGCACAGACGACUGUCACAGUGCUCAAGCUGACAGAGGAGGACCUGCAGAAUGCCUUCAAGAAGGAGAGCGCCAGGAACUUGGCCAAGAUGGCAUCCGACCACUCUGCGCUGGGCACCCGCACUCCCACACCUGAAGGGACGGAGUCUGGGACAGGCACCGUUGCCAAUGGCGCCACGGCCACGUCUUCGCAUGACCUUGUGGACCACUCGACAUCGCGCGAGCUUGCGGGCCACUCCACGUCGAGUCACAUCUAG